AUAUUGAAUUGUGAGCAUUCCUGGAAAAUUCAAUUCACUGUAUAAUUUUUCUUGCGAGUUAGCCGCUAUAUCGAACUUUCUCUUCGCUCGCUCGAGGCAAAUAAAUGACAAAUUCGAAAACUGAAUGAAAGUUGAUUUUGGUGGGUGGGUGCUGAAAGGUGAAUCUAGGGUUUCUCUUGUUCAGGGAUCAAUAUCAUUAGAUUGAUUGGAGAUGGCUAAGUCUUGCAAGGGGUUGGCGAUGGAAUUAGUCAAAUGUCUGAGCGAAUCUGAUUGUGUUAAGGUUGAGAAGCGACCGUAUAGAGAAUGCGCAGGUGAGAAAAGCCCUUGUAUACCAAGUGAGUGCGUUGGACUUAGAGAAACUUACUUCAAUUGCAAAAGAGGCCAACUUGACAUGAGAGCUAGGAUUCGCGGUAACAAGGGCUAUUGAAACUCACUUGUUCUCCUGAUUUUAUGAAUUUUACAACUUUAUGUUUAAGUGUUUCUGCUUUCGAUUGUAUUCUCCUACUUUGUUAGUCCAGUUUGUUUCUUUUGAAUAAAAGUUUAUUUGUCCCAA